UGAGGACCUGGUUUAGUGGUGAUCACAGUGCUGGUGCUGGGUUAAGGUUGGACUUUAAUGAUCUCAAAGGUCUUUUCCAACCUCACCAUUCCUGCCUUAAUCAUGGAACUGUUAUCACUCCAAACCCAUGGGUGAUGCUCCCGCCCUGGUGUACAGGCAUGGCAACUGGAGGGCUGAGCUCCCAAACCAAAACAGAAACAAUCCCAGAGCUUUACUGCAGUUCCUCACCCAGGGAAAAAGGCAGCAAGGAGGUCACUCCACUUGCCCUGGGUGUCUUACUGCAACACCUACUGCAGCCACCCCUGGCUGUAUCCUACGCAUCCAGGCUGUGUCCUCAUGGCAGAGCUUUCUGGAGCUUGCACAGGGCUCUGCGCGGAGCUACUCGGGGUCAGUGUAAGAGGCUCCUCCCCGGCAGCACCCAGGGGAGAUGAUGUUGUGUGAGCCUCAGGUGCUGUGGGCUGCGGCUCUGGACCAUCCGGGAAAUCGCUGCGGCGAUUCCAAGAAUGUGGAGCCGAAGCAGGGCACAAGAUAAGACUCUGCACACAACACAGCUUUUAUCUGCCUCAAGGCUAGUUUCUGCUCCUUGGCCACACCGGGAGCCGCUCACCAGUGCUCCAGCCUGAAGAGCGUUUCUAUCUCUUUGUCCUUCUCCAAAUCUUUAGCCAAUCCGCCGGUAGCCUGCCUGCUGCCCUUCUCCCCCCGCAGCUGCUGCCCCAGCCUGGGCUGUCCCCCGCCAGCCCCGAUCCGCCCCGCGGCCUCUUUCGCUUUCGUUUCUCCCUGCGCGCCCAGCCCAGCCCAGCCCAGCCCAGCCCGGCUUCACCUGGCGCUCCUCGACGCGGCACCGGCUCGGCGCGGCUCGGCUCGGCUCGACCAUGCCGCGGUUCAGCGUGGCGGAGGCCAGUAUUUGGGGGUAUCAGUUCGUGCAGUUCCUGCAGGACACGGGCCGGGAGCAGGCGAGCCUGCGGGAAACGCUGCGGACCAUCUACAACCAGGAGUUCCGGGGCAGGACUGACGCAAGGACACCCAAUUUUUCCUGCAUGUUGUACGCUCUGAAGACAACCCACCAGGUUCAGGUGCGCGGACAGCUGGUGAAAUUCAAGGUGAGGAGGCAUGUGGUGGUGGCAGACCAGUACCGGCGACCCAGAAGGAAUGCACAGACAUCCGUGUCCACGUCUGCUUCAGGACAGCAGCCCAGCUCUGCUCCACAAAUACCCCAGAGCUAUGCCAAGCAGUGGGCUGAGCUCAUUCGUGGGAAGCACGGGGUAGAGAUCAUCUCAGACUAUGACCAGGGCAACGGGAAUAUCCGCUUCCCAGUGGUGCCGGGUGAGCCCCGGACAGUCACUGUCCUGGUGCAGAACUGUGGGACAGAGGUGGUGACACUGCAGCGGCUCCAGCCACGGCAGCAGGCACGGGAGCUCUCCUUCACCGACGAGCAAGGGGCAGUGCAGGGCCAGUCCCUGCUGUUACACCCGGGUGGGAUGUACCCCAUCCAGGUGCGCUGCCUCACCACCUGCAACGGGCACUUCAGUGCUGUGCUGUUCUUCGAGUUCACCAAGGAGCCAGACGGGUCCUUCAGCAUCUCACGCUACGUUGCUGCCGUUGCCGAGAGCCAGCUGGCCAAGGACCUGGGGCCCUCGGCACCUUUCCAGCCUUACGAGGCCAGCCUCCAGCGCCACGUCACAGUCAUCACCGAGGAUGGCAUCCCCCCUGACGGCUCCCUGAAAAACGAACUGGAGAGGGAGAUCCCUCUGGGCACCUACCAGUACCCAAAGAGCCUCAAGGACACGAUCCUGCUGGGACCCAGCGCCAGUGCCGGCUCCAGAUGGGCUGCCAUGCGCUCGCUGCUGGAAGCACCUCUGCAGGCUGAGAACUACUACCAGAAAUUCCAGCUGCUGCUGCACCUGGAGGAGAUUCAGAUGGAGGUGGACAUCCGACGCUACGACAUGCAGGACGUGACCAUGGUGCAGGAGAGGGCACUGCUGGUUCUCGAUGUGCCUGGCGUGGCCGAGAACCGCCCGUCCCUGCUAAGAGGGGAUCACCUCUUUGCCCACCUGAGCAGCGAGCGGGACCACUCCCCGCUCGUCCGCUACAAGGGCUACGUGCACAGCGUGGAACUGGACAAGGUCAGGCUGGGCUUCUCCUCCAAGCUGCAGAAGAAGUUUGUGAACAACCUCAAGUUCGAUGUGACCUUCACCUUCAGCCGGCUGCCACUGCAGGUGCAGCAUCGGGCUGCAGUCCUGGCCGGGCGCCGAGGCUUGUUCAGCCUCCUCUUCCCCUCUGCCUCCAGCCACAAGUCCCUCUUCCCAGGGCCCUUCCAGCCCCGGUGGUUUAACCGCAAGCUGGAGACCAACGAGGAGCAGUGCAAAGCUGUGACCCACAUCGUGAUGGGGGUGUCCCGGCCAGCCCCAUACCUCAUCUUUGGCCCCCCUGGCACUGGCAAGACGGUCACUGUGGUGGAGGCCAUCAAGCAGGUGUGGACAUGCUUCAAGGAUGCCCGUAUCUUGGCCUGUGCCCCCUCCAACAGUGCUGCAGACCUGCUGUGCCAGUGCCUCAUCAAGGACAUUGCCCCUCAGAAUGUCUACAGGCUCAUCGCCAGCUCCAGGAGCUACAGGGAAGUGCCCGCUGAUAUCAGGCCCUGCUGCAACUGGGAUGAUGAGCAGAGCAGCUACGUGUACCCAAGCAAGGAGAGCCUGAGGCACUACCGGAUUAUCAUCACCACGCUGGUGACAGCAGGAAGGCUCGUGUCAGCCAACUUCCCCCCUGGGUUUUUCUCCCACGUCUUCAUCGACGAGUGUGGCCACGCGGUCGAGCCCGAGAGCGUCGUGGCCAUCGCGGGGCUCCUGGCUCCCAUGGAUGAGGAGACCAACCCCAAUGGGGGGCAGCUGGUGCUGGCAGGAGACCCCAAGCAGCUGGGCCCCGUGCUGACCUCACCACUGGCCAUCCAGCACGGUCUGGGCACCUCGCUGCUGGAGAGGCUGAUGCUGCACAACCCCUUGUACAAGAAGUCGAGCGGAGGAUACAACCCGCAGUUCAUCACCAAACUGCUCUGGAACUACAGGUCCCACGAGGCCAUUCUCAGGAUCCCCAACGAGCUCUUCUAUGACAACGAGCUGAAGGUGUGCAGGAGCGACGGGCUUGACGUCCGGAAUCUGUUCUGUACCUGGGAGGAGCUUCCCAAAAAAGGCUUCCCCAUCAUCUUCCACGGGGUUUGUGGGGAAGACCAGAGAGAGGCCAAGAGUCCUUCAUUCUUCAACACGGCCGAAAUUGAGGUCCUGGUCCACUACCUCAAGAAGCUGCUGCAGAGCCAAAGCCAGGGAAGCUGCCCCAGGGUGAGCCCCAAGGAGAUCGGCAUCAUCUCUCCCUACAGGAAGCAGGUAGAGAAGAUCCGGAAAGCCAUCACCUCCCUGGACCCCGAUCUGCAGCAGCUGCCGGACAUCAGCCAGUUGAAGGUGGGCUCUGUGGAGGAGUUCCAGGGCCAGGAGCGGCACGUGAUCCUCAUCUCCACCGUGCGCAGCUGCAGCUCGUACCUCCAGUUCGACCAGACCUUCAGGCUGGGCUUCCUCAAGAACCCCAAGAGGCUUAACGUGGCCAUCACCAGGGCCAAGGCUCUGUUGAUCGUGGUGGGUAAUCCAACCGUGCUCAGCAAGGACCCCCACUGGCUCAGGUUCCUCAGGUACUGCAAGGAGCAGGGCGGCUACACCGGCUACCCCUACGAGGAGGAGGAGAGCACAGCUGAGGACAGACUCGCCAGCGACCUCCACAUGCUGCAGCUCAGUGUUUAGUACCCAGGGCUUGCUUGUCUCCAUCUCGAAGUCAGGAGCCAGCUCUGCCAUGAGGUUUCUCUGCAGGAGAUGCACCUGGGAAGGGAGGAGAGGCCCCAGGAAGCUGCAUCCCCCUCAGCCUGUCCCUGGCCUGCAGCAGCUCCUGCUUUUCCUGCCUCAGUCCCGGGGUGCUCCCUGCAUCCCUGUGGAGAUGGGGCUGAACCAACUGGACCAGAAGGUGUUGCCAGCCUUUGCUGCCAGCCACGAAGCCCACACCAGCAUCAGACUGGGACAACUCUCCAUUUUAAUCAUUUUUUACAUGGCUGUGGCAAAACUAUUCUCUGUGACUGGUCUCAUCAUUCAGUGAAAGGCUUAAGCCUGGAGGCUCUGGCCUCCAAAGAGCAUCACUGGGUGCACAGGGGAGCUCACUGCUGCUGUGAUGGGUGGCUGGGGAAGGCAGGGACCUGGCCUGGGGCAGGCUGGCUCAGCUCUCCACUGGGCUGCUGCGUGGCCUGAGAGCUGGCAUGGCUGCACAGGCACUCUGUUUCCCUCGAAUAAAUGUUUAAAGAAAA